GCAAAGCAACUUCGCCUACCGCCCCCUACCCACUGCGCGAGCUCGGGGAUGGAAUCCAGCAGGUGGCCGCGCGCGGGAGGCAACCGUGGGAGGUUGAUUCCUUCCUUGCCGCCGCGGCCGCCGCCCGGCGUCGCCGUGUGCCCCCCCCCCCCCCCCCCCCCCCCCCGCCCCUCCCCUUUAACAGCGCGCCUUUCGCUAGCCGACCAAUGGUUGGGCUGCCGCGAGCGGGGGACAGGACGCGCCGGCAGCAUCGGAAGCAGCGGCAGGCCGCGGCGGUGGAGGCGGCGGCGGAGGGCCCAUGGGGGAGGAGGCGUCGCUCGAGCACACGCCCACCUGGGUGGUGGCCACCGUCUGCCUCGUCAUCGUCUCCAUCUCGCUCGCCGGCGAGCGCUUCCUCCACUACCUCGGAAAGUAUUUGAAACACAAGGAGCAGAAAGCACUGUUUUCAGCUCUACAGAGACUAAAAGAAGAGCUAAUGCUUCUCGGAUUCAUUUCCUUCGUCCUAAGUCUCUCCCAAGGUUUUAUUGUUAAUAUUUGCAUUCCAGAAACUGCUACAGAUUUCAUGCUCCCAUGCAAGAGGAAGAACCACAGUGUUGAAGAAGAAGGUGCCAAAAUUUGCAAGAAAAAGGGUGAUGUUCCCUUGCUAUCAUUGGAGGCAUUACAUCAGCUGCACAUCUUCAUAUUUGUACUUGGUUUAGUCCACGUUGUGUUCUGUGCCACAACAAUAUUACUUGGUGGAGCAAAGAUGAGAAGGUGGAAGCACUGGGAGAAAGAAAUUCACCGAGAAAUACAGGAGAAAUUACAGCGAGCAAAGAUUGAAGGAAGAGAAGAUGCACCAUUGAGUGCUGUGCUACAUCGAAAUCAUCAAGGUGAAUUUGUCCGUGAGCGAACAAAGGGAUUUUGGAUGAAGCUGACUGUUGUAAGCUGGAUAACUGCAUUCUUGAAGCAAUUUCAUGAUUCUGUGAGUAAAUCAGAUUAUGAAGCUCUUAGAUCAGCAUUUGUCUUGAUACACUACCCCAAGAAACCAGACUUUGAUUUCCACAAAUACAUGAUGCGUGCUCUUGAACACGAGUUUAAGAGGGUUGUCGGUAUCAGCUGGUAUUUGUGGCUUUUUGUCAUCUUCUUCCUGUUGCUGAAUAUAAACGGAUGGCACACAUACUUCUGGUUAGCUUUCUUGCCUCUAUUUCUCCUGCUUAUCGUUGGUGCCAAGCUAGAGCACAUUAUUACUCGAUUGGCUCAAGAGGCAGCAGCAUCAUUAUCAAAUGAAACGGAGGAGGUUCCAAACAUAAAACCAUCCAAGGGUCAUUUCUGGUUUCGCAAUCCUGGACUUGUCCUUCAUUUGAUCCAUUUCAUCCUAUUCCAGAACUCGUUUGAGAUUGGUUUCUUCUUCUGGGUUCUGGUAUCAGAGGGGUUCGGUUCGUGCAUGAUGGAACGGAAGCCUUAUGCCAUUUCCAGACUUGUUCUUGGAGUGAUCAUUCAAGUCAUCUGCAGCUACAUUACUCUGCCACUAUACGCCAUCGUCACUCACAUGGGCGGAGAGAUCAAGCUCCACGGUUUUGGCUCGGACGUGCACGAGUCCGUCCACGGCUGGCUCACCCAGCGGAAGAAAACCUUCUGGAAUAAUAAGGCCGGCGGCGACCCCGACCCCGACCCCGACUCCGGCGGGGAGGUGAAGGUGAUCCGUGCUUCACCCAGCGAGCGGAUGGGGAGCUCGCGCCACAUGCUGGCGGCGGCGCCGCCACCCGAUCUCGACGAGAUCGUCACCGUGGACGGCGACGUCCACGGCCGCGUCCGGAGGUGAAGGACGGAGAGGCGCCGGCCUUCCCAGGUGCCGUGCGCGUCUGGUGAAUUGAUGGGCGGGUGGAUGGGACGCUGCGGAAAUUCCUCGUGUCGGGGGGUGGCGGCCGAGCGCUGUAGCUCUGGGGCGCGCGGGGGCCACGCGCCUCUGAUGAUCCCACGCUGUAACGUCAACGUCCGUCUCGUGUAACGGUACGGACCGGACGGGACCGGACGGGACGCGACGCGUCCGUGGCUAGCUGGCUGGCCGGCCGGCCGGCCAGCGUUGUGGCAUGUCAUGUGCGACGUCGCAGCACGACGCUACAACGUUGUAACCGGCGCUGCCCUGCUGCCGCUGUCUGGUGCUGGCCGUACGUACCUAGCUUGUUCUUAGGAAGGAAGUUGAUGAUACAAUCCGUGGCUGUACAUGAUUACCGUGGAGAUCGAAGCCGAAGCUCCCCAUAUGGCUUUUGACAUCAA